AGAAAACAGUGGGUCACAUUUUGCUGGUGCCCAUCGUGUGUUUGAAGGACAGGCAUUUUUCGCGGUUCUCCUGCCCCCCAGUGUGAUCUAAUCGAAGGCUUCGAUUCGCCAAAUCGACGGAAAUAUGGAUCGCCGACAAGGAGCUAUGUCCAUGUCACCAGGCACUAUGCGGAGACCGGGCGGAAUGUCCAGCAGAGACAUGCAUCCACAGAACCAUGCACCCUACCAAACACAACAAACCCUGCCUUCGGCAUCUGCAAGCGUGAUGAUGAGCAAUGGCGGCAAUGGACCGCCACCUCCGGCCACAGUUCCGUCUUCGUCGGUGAUGCAUCAGGUGCACCCUCUACAGCCGAACCAUCAACAGCUGCACCAGCACCAGAUUCAACAUUCGCAGCACGACGAGCUCAUCCGAUACAUAAAUGAGGCAUGGCAUAGUAUAACAAACGACAAGAGCCAGAAAGCACCAGAAUUUUACAAGAGCGUACUUGAGCCGCGAUUGUCCGGAUUCACACCAUUCGAUUUAGAAGGUUGGUGGGGUCAGCGGUUGGUACAUCAGCUCAAUAUCGGCUCCCACGGACAUCAAUGAGUGAACGGGAGGAUAACGCAUUACGCCGCUCGACCCAUUCGGUCGCAGAUAACAGGAAAACUCCGUCGUUCGUUUUACUCCUUUCCCUCCUUUUUUAUUUUCCCCACCAUACUCACAGUAACGGGUCGUUUUAGAAAUCGUCGUUGAGGAAAUCUGCAUUACCUCAAAUGUAGAAAAACGUGAAGGAUCAUGUUGAAAAUUGACAUUACUUGAAUGAUUUAGUUACUUUCCUUUCUAUUUUAACAAUCGUGGUAUUACAUACUAUCAUAUUUGUGAAAACUGUGUACGGUGGAAGCAGUUUCUGUAACGAUUCUUUUAAAGUUGAGUUUCGUUUUUUAAUAUACAUGUUUUGCUAAA